UCACCCGAACGGGCUCUUAACGCGUUUUCUCUAUCCUCCCGACGGCGUUUACUAGUCGCCUCUCAGUCGUACGCUCUGUCCCCCUCUCUCUAUCUCCGCUUUCUUUCUCCACUUGGUCUCUGUUCAGCCACCAAAUCGCAGUUGACGGGAUAGAAAUUUUCUGGCCGCCUUUCUCUGCUAGGUAAAAUCCACAGCUCAGAAACUGGAGAACUCGCUCGCUUUCUGGUGUUUUUUUAAUUUUUUUAAUGGUCAAUAGCUAGUGUGAGAACGUAGAUGGAUCGACCUCUCAAUGAAUCGCAUGCCUCGAUUUUUCGGUCAUAACAAGAGAAGCAGCGACAUGGACUCCAAGCACAAGCCCAAGGGUCCGAAGCUUGAUCGGCGAUUGGCGAAGAAGAACAUCGACUACGAGCCCUCUACGUCGUCCUCGUCGUCGCCGGGGCAGGACUCGUCGUCUCUUCGAACUCGAUCGCUCGAAUUUUCUCCUCUCGGGAGCAGGAGGAGCUUCAGAGUUCAAGGAAUCGAUGGCGAAUUCGACGAAAUUUGCCGGAGUUUGGGGCUUUCGGGCCCGGAUGACUUUGCCAUACCUGCCGCUGCUUGGGAGUCCAGGAAGGUUCGCUCGUCGUCCGAUCUUCUUCCGAGGCCUCCAUUGCACCAGCUGCGCAGUCCCAAGGUGGAUUCGGAUAGUGUUAGGGUUACUGUCCGAGCUGGAGGCUUAUCCGAACCUGCCGAGUUGAUUGAACGUACUGAUGUCGGUGAUUUGUCGAAUGAAUUGCGUGACGGUCUUGGAUUUAACGAUAUAUAUGAGAAUAAGAAUGUGUUGUAUGAUUCUGUUCUAUUAACGAGGAAUAUUGAGUCUUCUCGGAAUGGUGGAGGAAUUAAGGGCGUUCGGCCGCCGGUUCUUGCUCCUCCACCGUCUAUUUCACUGCCGGUCCUCGACAAUUCCUGCUCAACUUGGGAUAUUUUGAGGUCCUUUGCUCCGGACUUUGACGAAGGUUCCUCUUCUGCAAGAAGGUACGUUUCUUCAGAUGAUGAGGAUAAUGAAGAGAUUGAGCAGCGCGAAGGGGUGAAUGAGAUAAGGCCGGGAGUGACUGCUGAUCUUUCUCCUUCGUGCUCCUUUACUACGUCGAACGAUGAUGAUUCUUCUAGUACCACCACUGAGCCUAUGUCGAACAUCUCACCAAAUGGUAGAUUCAAACGCAUUAUCUCUGGUUGGCAAAAGGGUGACCUUCUGGGUCGUGGGUCGUUCGGAUCCGUAUAUGAAGGCAUAGCCGAUGGUGGUUUCUUUUUUGCUGUGAAGGAAGUUUCUUUGCUUGAUCAAGGAGACCUUGGAAGACAAAGCAUUUAUCAACUUGAGCAGGAAAUUGCUCUUCUGAGUCAGUUUGAACAUGAGAACAUAGUCCAAUAUUAUGGGACAGAUAAGGAUGAAUCAAAUCUCUAUAUCUUCCUUGAGCUGGUAACCAAGGGUUCCCUUUUAAAUCUUUACCAGAAGUAUGAUCUUCGAGAUUCUCAAGUCUCCUCUUACACAAGGCAAAUUUUGCAUGGCUUGAAAUAUCUCCAUGAGCGAGAUGUGGUUCACAGGGAUAUAAAGUGUGCUAAUAUAUUAGUGGAUGCUAGUGGAUCUGUUAAGCUAGCAGAUUUUGGAUUGGCAAAGGCAACUAAAUUAAACGAUGUGAAAUCUUGCAAGGGAACUGCUUUCUGGAUGGCACCUGAGGUUGUUAAUCGGAAGAACAAGAACGAUGGUUAUGGGCUUCCUGCAGAUAUAUGGAGCCUUGGAUGCACCGUCUUGGAGAUGUUGACCCAUCAGAUUCCAUACUCUGAUUUCGAAUGUAUGCAGGCAUUGUUUAGGAUUGGAAAGGGCCACCCACCACCUGUUCCCGAUUCUCUUUCUAGAGAUGCACGAGAUUUCAUUCUUAAAUGCCUUAAAGUAGACCCAAAAGCUCGUCCCACCGCUGCUCAGCUGCUGGACCACCCAUUUGUUAGGAGGUCACUUCCCCCUUCCUCAGGUUCAUCUUCACCAUAUCAUCCUGCCCGUCGGAUUUAGAAGCUGCCAGUAGUUAUGAAGAUUGAAGACAAUUGAGAUAUGCGUUCCCAAUUAAAGGUAAAAGUUUUGCUUGUUAUUGGCUUCGCCUGGCCCUGUGCCAUUGAAUCAUCCUUGGUCUGGUGCUGAAGCAACAGCUCGCCUCGCUCAUCCAGGGGAUUGGAUGCCAGUUACCUGAGACAACCUGGAAGGUAUCGAAUGCCCAGAUGUUGGAACUUGUGAGGAGACCUCAAAAUGCGUCGUCAUAUUCGCCCCCAUCAAUCAAAUCAGCGCCAUUGACUCCAUGAGAACUGCCGUACUAUGUUAGUUGGCUUCUUUAAGAAAUUCCCACAUCACACUACAACUCGUUUUCUAUUGUUUUCCUUUUUCAUUUGUUUGUCUUAGGAAAAACCAAUUUCUUGAGAAUGACAGAUCUUUCCCUUUUCUAUCCUCUGUGAGUUUAAGUAGUUGUGGAAUGUAGAACAGUUGGCUUGGAGGAAUGGCUGUAAACAAGGACGAGGGGCUAGUCGUAUUCGUAUAUAUCUCCUCAUUGAAGCAAGUGUAAAAUGUGGUUCCUUUUGUACAAGUUUUGCGAGAGUUCAAUAUUGUGUGUUGUGAAUUAUAUAUUUUAUUAUUCAUGAUCCAAUGAUCUAAUUGUUAGAUAA